AUGGAAACUAAUAAUCUGAGUGUUACCAUAAAAAAUGUGGGUAGCUGGUCAAACAAGCUUUAUCAACAACUUUCUUCUUCAUAUUUGGAUCAUCUUAAUGUUUCUGUUGAAGGACCCUAUGGACCUCAUACUAAACAAUUUCUAAGGCAUGAACAAAUUGUGAUGGUAAGUGGUGGAAGUGGCAUAACUCCCUUCAUAUCUAUAAUCCGAGAUCUCAUAUUUCAAAGCCAACAACAACAAUUCCAAGCUCCAAAACUUCUACUUAUUUGUAUUUUGAAGAAUUAUGUUGAUCUAACAAUGUUAAGUCUUAUGCUUCCUGUUUCUGGUUCAACAACUCAAAUCUCAAACCUUCAUUUACAAAUCAAAGUUUACAUCACAAGAGAAAAACAAGAACCUUCAAUAGAAACUCAAAAACCUAUCCAAACAAUAUGGUUUCAACCAAACCUCUCAGAUUCUCCUAUCUCACUUGUAUUAGGCCCAAAUAACUUGUUAUGGCUUAGUGCCAUAAUCACAUCAUCUUUCAUCAUGUUUCUCCUAUUUUUUGGAAUUUUAACCCGUUACUAUGUUUAUCCAAUGGAAAACAACUCAGGUGAAGUGUAUAAUUGGACAUUCAAAGUUAUGUGGUACAUGUUUCUAAUUUGUGCAUGCAUAUGUGUAUGUUCAAAGUGCUGUUCUUUGGUGGAAAAGAAAGAACGCUUUAGAAAAUAA